AGCCGAUUUAAAAUUACUCGAGAGCCUGAAUUCGAAUCUCCAUGCACCGGUAUGAAGUUGUGAACAUUGCGAUUACCCCUGGACGAGCAUACCGCAAAACAUUCCUGAACCCUCGAUCGAACAAUAGACGUGGAAGCAAAUAGGAGGCAUUCGAAUUUUUAUGAUUUGCCAGGUGAAAAGUGACACUGCGGAUUACUGUAGUCUUUGUACGCCAUGACCACAUGCACGGGUGAUAGUAAUUAAAUUAAUCGUUACCAUUCAUAAAUUAUUUUUGCUUUGUUUUAUCCGGAAUCCACGCUUUUGUUUUAUGAUAAUCAUACGACCAACUUCUUAAGCACAGCUCUGGAUUUAAUAUGCCAUUCUCAGGAUUGAUUCAGAGAAUCACUGUACGGCUGUUGCACUUGUAUAUAUUUGUGUGUGACUCAGUUUUUCCCUCGUAUUAUCUUCGCCUAUGUUUUGGAAGGUUUUCACUCGUUCUGCAUCGUUUAAAAAUCGUUCCAGUUUUCAUCGACAAAACUGAACUGGAGGAACUAAAGUGGGCCUGGACUCUGCAGUUAGUGCGAUUACAGAAGCUUAAGAGUACUCUAGGGUAUACAGCCGCUUUAGUACAAUGUGGACGCUCUUGUUGUGGAUGAUCGGUGUCACGGGCAUGCUGUGCCAGCAAGUACAGGCAGAAAGUGAUCCACUUCCACCCGAUUUCCUGCCGCUUGGAAUUAACAGCAAAAUAGCUACAAGACCGUCAGUCGAGACGCACAAUGUUCCUGCCGGUUUUCCCGCUGUGUUCACGUGUAGGCACCACGAUAUUGCAAAGAAAACGGUGUCCUGGCAGCAUAACGGUGCCAAGAUUUUGGAUGCGACGCUGUACAAGAAUACGCGAUACGCUGUGAUAACGGAACCAGGAACGUCCACCCUCACCAUCGAGCACGUCCAGGUCAACGAUCAAGGCACGGUUACAAGCCAGGUGCAGACUGAGGCGAGGCUUGUCGAAAACACGGUGACCUUUGAAGUCAGCGCAAUCGCGGUAGAUGUCAACCGGCGAAGUGUCAUCGACGAAAUCGCCUACAUCCCCAGCGAAACGACCCAAGUAACGUACACUUGUGCGAUCAAGUACGCACCAAAAGACGCCAGAUUGAGCUGGUUUGAUAAGGAAACCGAGCUGACCACGAUCAUCUGCAGGGACAAGAACUGCGACGUCGAAAGCUACACUGACUCUGUGAAUAUCAAGAAAGCCGUCGUUGUGUAUUCUGCUGUAAAAUUCGUUCCCAAGAAUGGCCUACGUUGUAAACUGAUCAAUAGUACCGGAGGCACCGCGCAAAAGUCAGCCAUCGUCAAGCUGAAAACACUUACUGGAGAGCCACAGUUUUGCGGGAUGGACGUUACAAAAAAAUUAAAUAAUCAAAUUCAACUGCACAGCGGCGAAACGUCCACUAUUACCUGCACUGCCUACAUAGAUCCAAAACACGCACCCAAACUGCUUCUGUACAUGAACAACACGAAGACUGCCGAAUCCGUCAUCUUUGUGCGAAGCCAACGCAUAAUGGUGACUUAUCGAUUCAUUGUUCACCCAGAAAAUAACGCCGCUCGGGUCAAGUGUAACGCCGUUAACCAAACCCACGAGGAAAUGGAACCAUUCGCCAAACUGCCACUUCGCGUAUUAUUUUCCCCCGAGGACGGCUCGGUAACUGUGGUUGCGCCAGCCACUGUUUCGCCCAACCAAACUUUUGAAGUCCGCUGCCAUUCCGAACAUAACUAUCCCAUGCCAAGGCUUCACUGGUUUGCGUUUCCGGGAAAGUCGUGUGGAACAUCCAUCACACACACAGAACACAAAAAUGCGCAUUUCUGUCGGCUAGGUGGGGCAACGACGUACGGUAGAAUUUGGGUAACACCAGCAGCCGGUGCCACCUCCAUCAGUAUCAAAUGCAUGGCUCGGAAACCGGGCAGCGGUCAAAUCGUUCUUGCAACUGCCGUGGUCUAUGUGAAAACCGAAAGCGCCAACAAUGAGACCGGAGCGGAAAUCACUGGAGACAUCCAGCCUACUAAGCUCACCGAAUUCUUGCACGUAGCGAACCAACCUGCUGAUCAUGAUAAACCUGACGCUGCCUUAAUUGGCGCUCUAUCGGUGGCUGCGAUCGCGGGAAUGGUGGGGAUGAUGAUGGUGGUGUUGUGGAUCAUCCAUCGCACAUCCGAUCAGUUCGCGUAUCAUCGCAAAAUUCGUGCAUGAAAGUACGCACAUUUUUAAUCACUGCUCUGACGUACUGGCAUUAAUUCUUAUGCAGCUUUACUCACUGCUUUUCGGGUAUGAUACUGCAUGCGCGUAGCGCUACUUGCAAAACUGCAUGAGGAACGUUGUUAACUUGAUUUGUACCGUAUGUAGUGUACGCGUAAUCAGAAUACGUAAAUAGAACUUUCUGUCAAAGGCAUUCGCAAUAGUGGUUUUCUACUACAGUGUAGCUGAAAGUUUUCCGGCUUCGUACGUAAUUGGUCUCACAACUGAAUAAAAUUUCGUUUUCAC